CAGAAAAUCUGAAAAUACUUCUGGAUUGGCAGGAAAUUUAGACCCACCCCUUUUAAGUUCAGGAUAAAAGUCUAGGAAAUUGGGGGCUGAAAUCUGCAAAGCAGGCUUGGUUCCAGCUGGGUUGGACCAACUGUGCUUUCUCCUUCUGGUGGUGGCUAUAUCAGCAUGAAGAUCUUCUUCUCUUUUCUUCUGCCGGGCCUGCUGGAGGCGUUCUGCCAGGAAAACUUUGAAGGGAAAGCCUUUGUGUUCCCGUUGGCUUCCAGCUUGGCCUUCGUGAAGUUGAAGAUGGACCUCCAGAAGCCUCUGACCAGCUUCACGGUGUGCGAGAGGUUCCAAACGGACUUGGUGCGCCCGUUUGUCCUCUUCUCUUACGCCACUAUGGACGACGACAACGAAUUCUUGCUCCACACCAAUAAGCAAAACAUCCUGAGCGUCUUCAUGAAGCAGGGGGUCGUCAACUUUGACACCUCCAAAACAGCUGUGUCGUCCACCUGCAAGGAACACCUCUGUUUCACCUGGGACUCCGAGACUGGAUUGGCAGCUUUGUGGUGGAACGGGCAACCCUUACCUCGAAAAAUCAUUAAAAAUCUCAACGUCCAAGGCAACGCCUCCAUCAUUUUAGGACAGGAACAAGAUUCCUUCGGUGGCCAGUUUGACGCCAACCAAUGCUUUGUGGGAGAGAUUGAAGAUGUCUACUUUUGGGACCGGGUCCUGCGGCCGGAGGAAAUUUGCCGAGUUUGGGACAAUCGGGGGGUGCCCCAUCCGCUCAUCAACUGGCGAGAGCUGGAUUACCAAAUCCACGGAAACGUUCUGGUGGCACCUUCCAACAUCUGUGCCUGCCGCAGGGCGAACGCUUGGACUCCCACACAGGCGUGAAAAAUUAGCCCAUGGUCUGAAGUUUGGUUCCCACCUGAGUGACUCGGUCAAGAGUGGGACAGCAAUGGCCCCUCUUUGGGUUAUGAAACGCACCAGCGUUCUCUCACGAAAAGACCCUCCCUGUACAUAAA